CCUCAAUUAUUGGAGAUAGUAAGUUUUAUAGUUACAUAGAAAGGACUCAGAAGAAGCACUUCAUUUACAAUCAUCCGAAAUUCUAAAGAGUGUGGAUAUGGAUUCACACUGCACACCCGGAAAGAUAAGUAUCUUUGAAAGGUCCAUCCUUUCAGGAAGAAAGGCUGUUGAGCACAUAGAUUACCCACACUACUGUGAUCUCUUAAGAAAAAUGAACAUGCCUUUUGUGAAAGGAGUUGAGGACAGACAUGACUAUGGCAGAAUUGAAAAGAAAGGCAAUCCUACUUUCCUUAAGUUUCACCCUUAUCCCCCUUCAGUCCUGCCAGACUAUCAUUUACACUAUCCUUAUCCCCCACCGUAUGGGCAAGAUUAUCCGUUAUUUCCACUACGGGAUGAUGUGCCCUUGGGUGAUCCCUGUUCGGGGUUUUUGAGUCCUGGUGGUGAUGCUGACUUAAAACCUGGCAUUGGCAAAACUAUGCCAAGCCUGGUGGAUUUCAGUGAUGUGAAACCACAACACCGAGUUCCCAGGCCAGACACAGGAUUUCAAACAUCACUGAAAAGGCAAAAAAUUUUAUUAGAAGAACUAAAACAAGACAGGAGAUGGAAUUCCAGAGCAACAUCAGACAUUUCCGUCAGAGCAAGACUCGGAGGUUGGACAAGCCCACUGAAAGUUACUCCUUCACAACCUCGCCACAAAGCAUGCUCGAUAAAUCACGCAUAUUCAUUUGAUGAAGAAGCAACGUGUACAGACGAUGGAGAACCACUUUCACAGCCGACAAGGAAAUAUAAUGUAAAGGACGCGUUUUACAAGUCCUCGGUGCAAAAAGCAUAUGAAGUUGUUCCUUGGGACAAGAUGCUACUACCAAAACUCGAUCCUGAAGAAACAACAGUAGAAAAAGCUGCUGACCUGAUUUCACAGUGCUUUACCCUAAAAAGAUAUGAAGGGGUACCGGCAAUAACUCAGGUGGUUGGCGGACUCUGGGACAGAUUUCAAACGAGAUCUUUCGUGGGGCCCAUGAAGCCAGUUACUUUUGUGAGUCCAAGUUCCAGAAGCAAAUACAUCCCUCUUUAUAUGGGUUGUGUGCAGUCCACAAAUGCCGAUGACAUCGACAACCCCUUUGGAGACAUCACUUCUCUCGCCAAGCCUCGGGCUUCCAAGAUUCUCUUUGCAAACACACGCGGUACUGGGGCUCAGAGUGACUCACCACACACAGCGGGAAGUUGAAAUCCUGGACGCUCUUCAUGGUGCCGCCAAGUUGCUGAAUGUCACGGAUAUUAUCCCAGCGCUUUCUGCAGGGACUGACAAAGGCAAAGUUCAUGCAAAGCCGAAGUGUGGACUACGACAGUGUUCUCAAUAUUAAUUGAUUCCUAAUUGAUGCAGCUGGGCUCAGUUGGGCCCAUGAGACGAACAAGCUGCGCUUCGCACUGGCUGUCCUUUGGGCUUAUUCUGCUGCAGGUUAAAGUUAAGCAAAAGCUGCAUCCUACAACGGUCUUAAAUUUCCGUUACCUUUUCUGACUGUGUAAAUUUUUUGACCACUUGGUCAAACUAUAAAGUCUGUUUCGAAUCUAA